AUGGCUCACAUAUCGCGCAUGUAUCCAGAACUUCAUCAAAGCAUCCUUCAGGUUGUGCCUGAAAAUAUGACCAUCAUGUGGGACUUUUUACGUGCCACAACCGGAGACGCCUUAGCAAAGGGUAGUCAAGCAAGACAAUGGGUAUGUGGAUCCGGCAGUUCCGCAGCGGGCGCUACAAUAUUACAGUUUACAACCAAGGGUGCGAUUUGUAUGGUUGGCUCGGCGAGCUAA